AUGACGGGCUCGAGGCCUCUAGGAUCAGUUCGCCUCCGCCGAUCCCACACCCUAGGAGCCUGUCGCACCUGCAGACGUCGCCAUGUCAAGUGCGACCAGAAACGCCCCACCUGUCGCACCUGUCGUGCUCUUGGCGUUGCUUGCGAGGGCUUCUCCAACGAAGUCCGCUGGAUGCGCAACAGUGGCAGCAAUGAUGCGGAUGAUCACCAUGGGACUCGCCGGCACCUUUACACAGAACAAUCCAGACUGUCCAUGAGCACUUCCCUCGGCUCGGACCUGGUUUCCGGCUCCAUCAAUGCUUCCUUAGCUGAGAUUGAUCUCAGAUCGCGGGACCCCGACCGUUCGCCCACAGGCGACAUUGUCGUCGGUCCGUUCGCAGUUCUUGAUUUUGCUCCAGCUGCACCACAGGGGAUGCCGCGGGGCGUCCAGCCCAGUCAAGUGCAAGGAACAACUCCCGAGCCUGCCCUGGCUAGUACACCUCCAACGGUUUCUUCCGACUUCGUGGCUGCGGAGGAGGUGCCAGCAUUUGCUCCAAUGUCAUCAAAAAUUGACUCCCUGUCGCAUAUAGAUGAUUUUCUUCAUUGGUCUGAUCUCUUGGGUCUUAGUCCUGAUCAGCCAGGUUUCUUCCAGCCGCCCACGUUGGACGUAGACAUGUGCUUUGGCUCUGACCCUCGAGGUCUUGACCCGGAAUCCAACUUUGGUGCACCUUCCUAUGGCAUGGCUGGGGAUGCUGGUCCGGUACAGAGAGAUAGGGACCAGAGAGACACAAUGAGGAUGAUGACACCGCCACAUAGCACGGCCGAAAUGGCCUCGACGAUACUGGAUGCGGCUCCCCUGGCUGAUGCCCCCUUAUUAUUCAAAAAUUUUCACGAGAACGUAAUUCCACAGAUGAUGGCCAUGCCAUUGGGGGAGAAAUCACCAUGGAAGAUCCUCAACAUGCCAUCUGCAAUGGGCACCUAUAGCGACCUUACGAUACUCGGAUCUCAGAAUAUUAGUCAUGCUCGUCUAGCCAAUCUCUAUGGCGUACUGGCCUGCUCAGCCAUUCAUCUAGCUUUGAAACCGAGCAUCGUCCCAGUGGACUCAAUUGAACAUUGGCAGCAAGCUGCGGACCAGAUGUUCCAGCAGGCUAGAGACUAUAUGCAGAUGUCAUUGAAGUAUGAAACACAGGAGCCGAAAAGGGCAAAAUAUAAAGACCAGUUGAUGGCCAUUUGUUGCUUGACAGAAUAUGCGAUCAUUUCAGGCCAACAGCAACAUGCACGGGGUUUCAUGGUAAAUGCGGAACACAUAUUGCGCAUGCGAGGAUUGCCGAAAUGCAGAAUUUCUCAGAAGGCACGCCUCCUACACCAUGUCUACACAUGGCUGCGACUUGUCGGCGAGAGCACGUAUGUUUUACACGACUAUAAUCCCUCAAACUCAUUUAUCGAGGCCCUCGAUUCUAAUUUCCGGCGGCGUCGCCCUGACCAGAUGGCCGGCCAAGAUGGACCUGCCGCAAACGAGCGGAAUCCUCGGCUCGAUGACUUCUUACGUCUGGAAGCACAUUACGCGGACAGUGAUCUGAACAUCGAUGAGCCAAAGGAUAGGGAGACUGGUCUCCAUGAUAUCCACCUUCAGGACUCCCGUAGCUUCUCUGACACACUGUAUAAGCAGAUCUAUGGAAUUCCAGAGACCUGGCUCAGCUUGCUGUCACAGACCACAAGGCUGGCCAAUGUCAUGGAGACUUUUCGUAUUGCACAAAGGUCGUAUAAAAAUACCACCCUGGAAGCAUGGGAAACGCUGCAAAAACGCAGUGUCCAUCUGGAGAACAUGAUUUGCUCGUUCGUUCUCGGCCGCAUCCGGGGUGUUGCCCCGGAACACGUUGACCCAUCUAGGCCACAUGGGCAUAUGCUACGAGCGCUGAACGAAGCUCUUGUUAUUUUCUUCUAUCGACGCAUACGCCAGGCUCACCCGGCAAUUCUGGCAGGUCAUGUCGACAGUGUCAUUGCGGCACUGGCAGACUUCAAUGUGGCAUUGCCACAGGAUCAAGCCACAGGUCCUGGAACCGCGUGGCCUGCCUUUGUUGCGGGGUGUGAAGCCCUCACAUCGUCAAGACGGCAGGCAAUCAUGCAAUGGUUGGAUAAGGCAGAGUCAACCUGCGGAUUUGCCGCAUUCAAGACGGCCAGAAACAUUAUGAAGGAUUUAUGGAGGAAACAGGACGAGCACUUGGAUACGAAUCGCCGCGAUCCGAUGCCGACGUGGAUUGAUAUUGUAAAAGAGAGACAAAUAUGGCCCCUCUUUUGUUGA